UAAUUGAAAUGAAACUUUUUCACGUUUCUUUUUUUUGUCGUAACUUUUUUCACGUUUUAAAAGCAAUAAAUAUUAAGACACGUAUUUUUUCUUGUUUAUCACGUAUACUUGACUUUUCUCAUCAUAAAUAAGGAAAAAAAAGCCAAGCAACAAAAGGAAAUUCCCGAACCCAAAUUGAGACUCUGUGGCCGGACGAGAACUAUAUGUAGGACACUAAAACAGAUAUCGGAGGCAGAAUUACAGACUUCUUAGCCAAAAUCUGAGAAUUAGGGUUUGUCUCUUCGUCAAUUGAAAUCAUAAUCUCCGGCGUUUCCGUUACAAUCCGUAGAAUCUCUGCUGUAAUCGAAGAAUGGAGAGCAAUGAUUUAAAGAAGACGAAGACCCUUGAAUUCGCGGGAGAGAUGCAUUCGACAGUUCAGGUACGAGCAUCUGUUGCGAAUCUGGAUUUGUAUAAGCAUAGUGAAGAUAAUCGAGAUAGGUUUAUAGCGGAUGAGAAAAUACCUCGCGGAACUGUUUCUGUAAGCUUUAAAUUGAAUAGCUCAAAAAAGAGUAUUAGAAAGAGAAGCAGGGAAUCGGAAGAAGAAGAUGAUGAUGAUAAGGUUUUGGGGAACUAUGAGAUUGCUAGGUUAAGGGAAGUCUCUAGACGAGAGUAUCUGAAGAACAGGGAGAAGAAGAAGAUUGAGGAGUUAAGGGAUGAGAUAGAAUUUGAGCUUUCACGGUUUGAUGGUGUGAAACUCACUGAGAAAGAAGAAAUUGAGUUUAGAUACAAGAGAGAAUUGUAUGAGCUGUUGAAGAAAACAGAGGAUGAUGUUGGUCGUUAUAGAAUUCCAGUUGCUUAUGAUCAAGAAGGGGUUAUUGAUCAGAAGAAGAGAUUUGCUGUGGCGACGCAGCGAUAUGGUGAGGGAAGCAGCACGAGAGGCAUGACUGAGCAAGAAGCUUGGGAGAAUCAUCAGGCUCAGAAAGCGACUGUGAGGUUUGGUGCUAAGAACAAGAAGCAAGCUUCUGAUGGGUAUGAGUUUGUGUUUGACGACUUGGGAGGUUUUGUUGAGACAUCUAAUGAGGUGGAAACCGAGAAGCACCGAGAUCGUGACUCGAGAACAGUUGCAGAAAAGGAUAAGGAAGAGAGGAAUAUGCUUCCGAUUCAUGCAUACCGGGAUGAAUUGCUGAAACUCAUUGAAGAAAAUCAGGUUCUUGUGAUUGUUGGGGAGACAGGGUCUGGAAAGACAACGCAGAUACCGCAGUAUCUUCGAGAAGCCGGAUACACAAAGCGUGGAAAGAUCGGUUGCACUCAGCCUCGGAGAAUUGCUGCAAUGAGCGUUGCUUCCCGAGUGGCUCAAGAAUUGGGUGUAAAACUCGGACACGAGGUUGGAUAUUCUAUUAGAUUCGAGGACUGUACUUCAGACAAAACAGUUUUGAAGUACAUGACUGAUGGGAUGCUGCUGCGAGAGCUACUCAUAGAACCAAAACUCGAUAGCUAUAGUGUCAUCAUGGUUGAUGAGGCGCACGAAAGAACGCUCUCCACUGAUAUUCUGUUUGGGUUAGUGAAGGAUUUAGCAAACGUUAGGCCUGAUCUGAGGCUAAUAAUCUCCAGUGCGACGCUUGAAGCUAAGAAGUUCUCUGAAUAUUUUGAUUCAGCUCGGAUUUAUAUGAUUCCGGGAAGAAGAUAUCCAGUUGAAAAGUUCUUCAAUAAAUUGCCUGAAGCCGACCUCUUAGACACGGCGAUACGCACAGUGUUUCAGAUCCAUGAGACUGAGCCACUUGGAGACAUUUUGGUUUUCCUCACUGGUCAAGAAGAGAUUGAAAAAGCAGAAACGAAGUUGAAGCUAAGGAUGAUAGAUUUGCGUACAAAGAGCUCUGAGAUCAUCAUCUGUCCUAUCUACUCAAAUCUCCCGACCGAACUACAGGCCAAAGUGUUUGAACCGGCCCCUAAAGGAUCGCGGAAAGUUGUCCUGGCAACGAAUAUUGCAGAAACAUCGAUAACAAUUGAUGGAAUUAGGUACGUAGUUGAUCCGGGGUACUGCAAGCUCAACUCCUACAACCCAAGAACCGGAAUGGAGUCACUGCUUGUAACUCCUAUUUCCAAGGCUUCCGCAGAGCAACGAGCUGGUCGGUCUGGGAGAACGGGGCCGGGUAAAUGUUUCCGGUUGUACAACGUCAAGGACUUGGAGGCCACCACAGUACCGGAAGUCCAAAGGGCGAACCUUGCAAGUGUUGUACUUACUUUGAAAAGUCUUGGGAUUGAAGAUGUGUUCAAUUUUGAUUUCAUGGAUCCUCCACCUGCAAACGCUCUAUUGAAGGCUCUAGAGUUGCUCUAUGCUCUGGGCGCUUUGGAUGGAAAGGGUGAGAUUACUAAGUUAGGGGAAAGAAUGUUGGAGUUUCCGGUUGAUCCGAUGCUAUCAAAGAUGAUUGUUGGUUCGGAAAGGUACAAGUGCUCGGGAGAGAUGAUCACAAUAGCCGCCAUGUUGUCUACAGGGAACUCCAUCUUUUAUCGACCUAGGCAAGUACGUGAAGAAUAUCUUGCCGACAUUGCUCGGAUGAAUUUCUACACAGAGAAUGUCGGAGAUCACAUCGCGUUGCUAAGGGUUUACAAUUCAUGGAAGGAAACAAACUACUCGAGUCAAUGGUGCUACGAGAACUACAUUCAGAGCAAGAGUAUGAGAAGAGCUAGAGAUAUACGUGAUCAGCUGGCUGGACUUUUAGAGAAGAUUGGAGUAGAACUUACUUCUAACCCGAAUGAUUUAGACGCGAUCAAGAAGGCGAUCCUGGCGGGAUUCUUCCCGCAUUCUGCAAAGUUACAGAAGGAUGGAUCGUACAGAAGAGUGAAAGAACCUCAGACGGUGUACGUACAUCCUAGCUCAGGCUUAUUUACGGCGUCACCUUGUAAGUGGUUGGUGUAUCAUGAACUGGUAUUGACUACCAAGGAAUACAUGAGGCAUAUAACCGAGAUGAAACCCGAGUGGCUAAUUGAAAUAGCUCCUCAUUACUACGAGCUUAAAGACAUCGAAGAAGCUCGGCCAAAGAAAACUCAGAGAAGCGGAAGAUCCCCGAUGUCGAAGGUUGGUGAUACUAACAAGAAAGUAAAGAGGUACUAACAUCCAAACUUAGUCAUUUCUCUCUGUUUUUGAAAAAAAGUUGAAAACAUUUGUGAUACUAUUACUAUUUCAUAUUCUCUCCUGAAAGUUUCUUAUAUGUUUAGUCACCAUCAGUUUCUGGUAUGAAUACUAACUACUGGAUUGUUUCCAUUUUAUAAACCCAUGAUUCUGAGUUUUGUCGAGUAUUAAGUGGAGACUAUGGACGACUGAUAAGAAAGGAAGAAAUCAAGAAUUCAACAGCGACAAUGAAACUCACCAGGAUUAUCAUUGGGGAAGAAGCCAUGGAGAAACACCUGGACAUUCCUCCGGACUUAUGUGGUAGUAUCGCCAAUGUUUGUAGUUUCAAGAGAAGUGUUGAUAACCUCAACAGCAGUUACUCGAUGGAGAAGAUUCCGGAUGCUAUCCACCCAUGUCUGCUUAUCGGCCUUGCUCUUGCACAUGAACUUUGUUAGACCUUUCCCUGUACUGAUUCCGAAAUAUAGCUCUUCUUCUGCGUUUUCCGUUUCAUUUCCAUUUUGCAGGCUCGAGACUGUCUCGCAUACAUCAUUUACAAUGCCUGUAGUGAUUCAACCAUUGGAUUAUAUAAACGCACUGGACAAAGUCCCAAGAUUUACUUGAGCGUAUACAGAGUAAACACCAUGACCAUUGAAAGAAAGAAGAUUUAUCUGAAG